AUGUCUAUGAAGCGUAUUCUUCUGAUUGGCACCUUUCCAAAUUUAACGCAUCUCAAGGUGUUUAACUUUGGACGACAUAUCGCUUUAAAUUAUUUUACAGACCAGUCAAUCUUUCAACAUAUUUUCAAACAUCAAAUAACAGAACUUAUUCUUGAAAAUAGUGAUCAGGACAGUUGGAUAAUAUUAUCACAACAAUAUACUGAAAAUGUUUAUGCACGAAUCUUGACUUUCUUCGAAAAUUUAACACAUUUAAGUAUUGUUAAAUCAUCAUCCAUUAGUGGGUAUCCACCAUUGUCAAUACGUGGUUUACCAUCAACUAUUUUUUUUUCUUCUAUUCUUACAAAAUUAGAUAUCAAUGUAGAAAGCAUAAAUGACUGUUUUCAUUUACUUGAUGGUCGUCUUAAACAAUUGACAACAUUUAUUGUUCAAAUUGAGUCUAUUGACAAUAACUCACGCACUGUUCAUAAUACUAAUGAGCUACCUAACUUGAAAUGUUUUUCAUUAAAAAGUUAUUAUGAAACUAAUGCAUAUGGUCGUCAGGUGAUACCUCUACUUCGUUGUAUGACACACUUGGAAAAAUUAACUUUGUAUAUUCGUAUUUAUAAUCGAUCGACAUUUGUUGAUGGUACUAAUCUCCAUAAGGAUAUUCUUAUUCAUAUGCCACGACUUCAUACAUUCACUUUUUAUAUUUCUACUGAUAUCCAAUUCGAUGAUUCAGUUCAUUAUCUAUCUGAUAACGAUAUUCAACAAACUUUUACAAAUAUAGGUUAUCAUCAAAUAGCCUGUAGUGUCAAUUAUUUUUAUCGUAAAUACAGGGCAGUAUGUCAUGUUUUCUCACUUCCAUUCACAUUUAAUCGUCUUGAAAAGAUUCCCAAUAAGUUUCCAAAUAUAAUAUUCAAUACUGUUACUUAUCUGUUGGUAGGUGAUUUGAUUCCAUUCAAAUAUGACUUCUUCAUUCAAAUUGCCAAAGCUUUUCCAUCAUUGAAGGAUUUUUGUAUUAUUAAUGUUACGUCACCAUUAUGGAAUUUUGAUUCAUAUACAGCUGAUCGGAUUGAUUCACAUUCAUAUAUUGAAUAUCCGAAUCUUACUUCACUUAAUGUUAAAUAUGUCGAUAAUUAUUAUAUUGAACAAUUUUUACUUGAUACAAAGACAUAUGCACCUCAUUUAACUGAAAUCAAAGUAUAUUUUAAUAAAUUGAAAACUGUAACAGAGAAUUUUACAAGAGAUGCAACACGAUACAACUGUCGCAAUAUAAAACAAUUAAUUUUUGAAAAGACAAUGAAUUAUCCAAAAGAACUGUAUCUCUAUUUUCCUUCACUUGUAGUUUGA